AUGAGAUCUUCUAUUGCCCUAUUUGCCCUGGCCGGGUCUGCUCACGCAAUCCCUUUCGCCGAUCUUUUGAAAAAGAGACAAUCUUUAUCGCAGUUCACCGAUGUCGAUAUCUUGAACUACGCCUUGACUCUUGAGCAUCUGGAGAACCGCUUCUACCUGGACGCCCUGAAGAACUUUACCCAAGCGKACUUUGCUGCUGCCGGAUACGACUCCACCUUCUACACCAACCUACGUGAGACCAGUUCAGAUGAGUCGAUCCACGUCGCGUUCCUCUCUGGAGCAAUCACUGCUGCUGGUGCAACUCCUGUGAAAGAGUGCAGCUAUGCAUUUGGCAUUACCUCUGUCGACGCGUUCGUAGCUACAGCUUCCAUUCUGGAGGGCGUCGGCGUUGCCGCAUAUCUUGGGGCCGCUGCACAGAUUGCAACUAAAGCGUAUCUUACUGCAGCUGGCAGUGUUCUUACCGUCGAAGCUCGCCACAGCUCCUACCUGCGUGCCAGCCUCGGCCAGUCACCUUUCCCUCAACCACAAGAAGUGCCGUUGACCCCGAACGAGGUCUUUACGCUUGCCUCCGGCUUCAUCACUGCUUGCCCAAGCGACAACCCAUCGUUCCCCGUCAAGGCAUACCCCGGGCUCGCCGUGACAUCGACCGGUUCAAUCACUACAGGCUCUCGCAUCACAGUGUCUACUUCCGGAUACGUUCUUGCAGCCAAAGACCCAAGGGCUCGAAUCUAUGCAAGCUUUGCGUCUGCCGGAGGACCAGUCUGGGCCCCGUUGACUCCUGCCGGGAAUGGCAUGGACUUUUACGUUACCGUUCCCGAUGGAGUGUUUGGUCAGAGCUACCUGCGUUUCUCGAACUGCGAGGGCGUUGCGACUCUCGCCGAAAGCCAGAUCGUUGCUGGUCCAGCCAUCGUAGAAGUUUCGAAAUGA